AUUGAAGAUGACAACUGUGAGAAUAUUUCCACUUAUAUGCGUUUUAGUGGUUACAGUGUAGAUCAGGCGGUUCAAAAAGAGACAGUAAAUGUAGGGAUGAUAGUAGAUUCCACUUCCUGCUUGGGAAAGAGAGCAAAGACUGCUAUAAAGUUAGCAGUGGAAAAUGUGAACAGUCAGUCUAAAAUACUCAACGGCACUGAAUUUUUUCUUCACCUUCAAGAGGCACAAACUCCACUUGAAACCAUUUCCGCUGGUGUUGAUCUUUUGGACAACGAAGUGGUGGCAUUAAUACAAACACAAACAUCUGAGGCCACGACAUUUGUAUCAGAUCUUGGAGAGGCAGCCAAAAUACCAAUCCUGUCAUUGUCUAUCUCAAGUCCCGCGCUCUCCUCUCCAAACAGAGAUUCCCAUAUUUUGUUCGUAUGGUGCAUAGUGAUCUCAUUCAGAUGAAAGCCAUUGCAGCCCUGGUUAAGCAUUACAGCUGGAGAAACAUUGCAUUUCUUCAUUCAGACCAUGAUGUUGGUUGCGGAGCCAUGUCCGCGUUGCGUGAUGCUCUUCGAGAUCCGGACUCUUAAAUUGUGUACACAUCAAUGAUUCCUUCAACUGCACAGAAACAAACAGUAAGGGGAGAGCUUUACAAACUCAACGCAAUAGAUUCAAGUAUUUUUGUUGUUCACACGCCUUUUGAUCUGGGCAUGGAUCUAUUCACGGAGGCGCAGGAGAUGGGAAUGAUGGAAUCUGGUUACGUGUGGAUAACAACCCAAGAGUUUACCAGUCUUUGGGACUAUGCACUAAAUGCUUCUAGAGUGUCAUCUAUGAAUGGAUUCCUUGGAAUUAAACCAUAUAUCCCAAAUUCUAAAGAGCUGAACAAUUUCACUGAAAGGUGGUAAUGAAUGACAAUUCCGUUUUGACAAUCAGUGAUAAUUUAAGAAACCCUUUCUCGCAUUAAUUAUUAUUGCAAAUCUUUUCAUUUAAAAAAAUAAAUUUUUAUAGAAAAGUAGAGGUCUUGCUGUCCUCGAUUUUAGCGCGGCUAAAAUCAUGAGGCAACCCUAUGAAACUGGUCUGUUUCGUGCCUCACGUCCUCCGAGAAAGGUUGAUUGACUUCAUCGGUUAGCCUUUUUGCUUUUCGUCUUUUGUUUUUCUCAUUUUUAAGUUUUUUUUAGAUUUUCCAGUUUUGCCUGCAGGGUGUUUCU